GUGAUACGAGUUUUUACAUUCUGCUCUUGUUAUGGAUGGUCACGGGCAAGCUUUCAUAGUAAUUUAACCUUUAAAUGAGCGUAUUUGAUUUCUUCCGUGGAUUUUUGGGGGUGCCCAGAGGUCACUAUCGUGGAUAUGGCCGACGGGAACCCUUCUUUGAUGGUAUGACACAUGGUGACGAUGAGGACGAGGAUGAAGCAUUUCAAUACGAAGACCAUUUUGACGAUACGUUCACUUUCAGUGUCGGACCUAACGAAGUGUUCGUCCAAGAACCGCGUGUGUUUGGUCAAAUGUUGAGAGAGAUGGAAGAGCUCUUCGCUGGUCUAGAUGUCUUUGGUCAAGGUUUCCCCAGUAUUGAGAUUCAACCUCAGGAAAGGCCAGAGAGAAGAGGAGGAGGAAGUGGAAAUUCUCUCAGAGACUUCAUGUUGAAAACUCCAGAUGAUUCUCUCCACAGUACCCCUUCCUUAAAGCCAAAACAUGGAGAGCCUUCAUCUGUUGUUCCAAACAUACCUAGGAGCCCUUUCCAUCACUGGUCUCCUUUUUCUAUGUUUAAGGACAGUUGGAAUGAUGAACCAACACAGAGGGAUGUAGAAAAGAAAGAGGAUGGAGAUCUGGAUUCACAGGUGUCCUCUGCUGGGCUGGAUGAGAUCUUAACUCCAGCUCCCCAGCCAAGAACAAGAUCAUUCUUUCAGUCUGUUACAGUUACUAAAGUGGUAAAGCCAGAUGGGACUGUAGAAGAGAGACGAACUGUCAGGGAUAGCCAGGGGAAAGAGGAGACUACAGUGACACGCUCAGGAGGCCCAGAGGGUCCACAGGAUCAGCCUGAUCCGCUCAUAGCAGGUGGUCCUCAGCUAUCCCCUGACAUGCAGGAUAAAUUCUCAGUGUUCACCAAGUUCUUUGGAGGGUUCAGAGGCUAAAAGGAGAUAAUGCUGCAGAUGGGUGUUCUGAAGCCAAGAUAAAAACAUGACCAUGGACACUUAAAACUUUUAGUGUAUUGGAGCUUUUGACAUGACAUUUUCUCAAUCCUUGUUUCUACCAAGUUGCGUUAUCUAUACUGAUUAAAAGUGAAUGCUUGAACAUUAUCUGAUUUUUUUUUUCUCAAUAUGGGUAUUUGUAUUCAUCUCACUAUGAUUAGAGCUAUUUUGAUUUUUUUUUAAAUAAUUUAUAAAUUAAGAGCCAUUAAGAGUUCAGUGCAUGCUGCUUCAUAUAAGAACAAAUAUAAAAGCUAUAAUAUGCAAAUGACACAACCACUACAGAUGCAUACAGAUUCUCUUGAUUUUUUGUGUAAGCCACAUGCUGUCUUUUAAAAUCAUAGGUCUGUGAUUACGUAGAGAAGGCAGCACCAUAUACUGAACAGUCACACGAUGUUCAUGAUACAAAGGAAGAUGCAUAACAACAAAUUAAGCACACUGUUUUCCAAAUGCCUUGACCAAGUAACAAUAAAUAUGACUUGGGCUCAUUGCCCCCACCCUA